UACUAGACACUACACUGCAAUUUAGAGAGAAAAAGAAAACAAAAAACCGUUGUCCGCAACGUCCAGCCGCCGCGCCGACAGAGGCAACCGCCCAAGUUUUUCCGCAUGCCGGUGGUCACGUGACGCCACGUAGCUGCUCCGUUAAACCAAAAGACAAAUCGACAAUAAAGUAAUGUUUAACUUUACUCCCACGGCGCUAAAGCAAACACGGAGACCGAAGGUCGACGCCGACGUGGUGGCCCUUUACGCGAUAUUUAUAUUAAUAAAAUAAGGAAUCCCCGCGGUGUGUGUGUGUUUCUUUUUUUGUUCGUUCGAGCCUCACCGGCCUCGCCUUGAUCGGCCGCCGGCUUUGAUGCGAGGGAGGCGGCGGAGGUUCGGGUCGUACGGCGCUGGUCCGGAACCAGGCCUCAGUUGGAGAAAAUGAUUUAAAAGUUAACGAAUAUUAACCCGCGCAAAUGAUGCCUCGGGACCGCCCUUAAUUAACGAUUUCUUUUGUUUUUAAAACAACAACAGAAGAGUGAAUGGAAGACGCAGGCAUUGGAUCGGUCGGCCAAAUGAAGGACAGGCUGGAUCCCUACGGCUUCGAGUACCCCUCGGACUGCGACCCGUCCCUCGAGGCGCAGCGAGAGUCGCUCUACCUGCCGGUGCUCACUCGGCGAGCCGUCAAGUGGGACAAGCUGCUCCGGCGGCAGCCGAAUGCCGGCGGAGCCGCCCGCGUCCGCCGGGCCGCCACCGUGAAGCGCUACGUGCGCAAGGGCGUUCCCCACGCGCACCGGGGGGACGUGUGGAUGGCGACGAGCGGGGCACAGGCGCUCAUGGAGGCCAACGUGGGCUACUACGCUCGCCUGCUGGCCGAGGAGAAGGACCCCGUCCUCGUGGACACCAUCGCCACCGAUCUGAACAGGACAUUCCCGGAGAACGUGUACUUUCAGGACGGAGCGCAGCCCAGCCUCAAGGAGUCCCUCGCUCGCGUCCUCGCCAGCUACGGCCACCACAACGACGCCGUGGGAUACUGCCAGGGCAUGAACUUCCUGGCUGGCUACCUCCUCAUUGUGACGAGAUCCGAGGAGAAGUCCUUUUGGCUCAUGGACGCCCUCAUCGGCAGAAUCCUUCCUGACUACUACACCAGGGACAUGCUGGGAGUGCGAGUGGACCAGGAGGUGCUGGGGGAGCUGCUGGCCAGCAAGCUGCCCGCUGUGGCGGGCCACGUGGCCAGGCUCGGCGUGCCCUGGCCCCUGCUCACCGCUCGCUGGUUUCUCUGCCUCUACGUUGACGUCCUCCCCGUGGAGACGGUGCUGCGUGUGUGGGACUCGCUCUUCUACGAGGGCUCCAAGGUGCUGUUCCGUGUGGCCGUGACGCUCGUGCGACACCACCAGGCCCAGGUGCUGGCGGCCGGCGGCUUUCCGGCCGUCGUCACGGCCUUCCGUGCCAUGGCCACGGGGAGCUUCGCCCGCGACUGCCACACGUUCAUGCAGAGGACGUUUGUGGACCCAGGCAGCCUGCCCAUGGCGACCAUCACAGCACUCCGUGACUCCAUCAGAGCCAGGCUCCUGCAGGAGGGGGGUGGACAAGAGGGUGGACGUCGUGGUGGUGGUGGACGUGGUGGUGGUGGU